AUGAGCAGGAUCAUUAAAGAGCCCGAAUUUUUUUAGUCAGAUAGUAACAGAAGCUCAGUCAUUACAAACUAAAGAGUAUCUAAUCUUAAUGAUUUAUUAAUACGUGCAAGAAUCAUAUCUUUCAAUUCCAACAAUCGUUUAAGCAAUAUGAGUUAAAUUUCUUAGUUAGAUUUUGAGCAGUACUAUUAAAAUAUAGACUUAAAUUUGAUAGUAAAGAUUUAAUCUUAUGGCAAAAUGAUUUUACAGCGCAAGAAAUAUAUCAAAAUGCUAUAAAAAGCCAAGUACAGAUUAUAGGUAAUUAGAGAACUAGUCUGUACAGAAGAAAAUUAUGUCUAAAAACUACAACAAUUGAGAGAUGUUGUAUAUAUACCUUUAUUAAAUCAAAGCAAGCCUAUAGAUCAGAGGAAAGAUAUUAAAGAGAACUAAAUGCUUUAACAAUAAACGUUUUAACUACUUUAAGAUGUUCAAAUAAAGUAAGCUGAUGUAGAAAAUAUUUUUGCAAAUUUAUAAGCGAUAAUAGAGCUAAAUUCUAAGUUUGCAGAAGAAAUGAAACGCAGAAAAGAAAACCUACAAUAUAAUGGAGUAUUCACUGAUGUGUGCGUUUAGUACGCUCCUUAAUUAAAAAUAUAUGUUACCUAUUUAAACAAUUAUGAAAAUGCAACAAAAAUAUUAAAUAAUUUGAAAUUGAAUAAUCUCAAUUUCAAGAAAUUUUGUAAUUAUUUGGAGAAUUAUGAUUUAAAUGGCUAUGAUUUAUAGGAUUUUCUGAUUAAACCUGUUUAGCGUUUACCAAAAUAUCUAUUAUUACUAAAGGAUUUGUUUAAAAACACUUUACCAUCUCAUUAGGAUUAUAUCCAUGUGUAGACAGCAAUAAAUGAAUUUAAUGAGGUAUGCUCUCACAACAAUGAACAAAUGGACAAAUUUAUUAGAGAUAACAAGCUCAUUGAGUUGCAUCGUAAAUUUUGUCUUCCUUUUUAAUAAUCAAACGAAUAAAAUAAUUCCAAUAACUCUUCUCUAAACUUGAGCUCAAUAAAAAACACCCCUAAGAAUUCUUAACCAAAUUUAUUAGAAAGAAGUAAAAAAAGUAUUUUUUUAUAGCCUUUAAAGUAACCAAUUUAAAAUGCUAAUGCAAAUGGUGAGCUAUAAUUAAUUUAAGCAGGAGUUAACAGAGAAUUUCUAUGGGAAGAAAACCUUUUUUUAGUUUAAGGUGAUACUCAAAGGCAAGUUAUUGUAUAUUUUUUGAAUGACAUUAUUUUAGUUUCUGUAAAGGAUAACUAGGAAAGAGAAUACUUAAUUAAAUAUUUGCCCUUGAAUGAACAAAGCUCCUAUAAGAAUAUGCCAGACUAAAAAUAUUUAAGUAAUCUUUUUAGGAUAAUUGGAAAGAGCGAUUCACUCACUUUUGUAUGUGAAAACGAUGAAUUAAAAACAUAGCUAAUUAAUAAGAUUAAUUAUCAAAUAAUUAGACCCUUGAGACUCAAGGCCAAACAAAAGAUAAAGGAAAGAAUUCCAGAAUAAAUUAGUCAAAGCAAACAAAAUUCAACAAGUGAAGAUCAAAAGAAUUCAGUAUCAUAGAUAUCUUCUGAAGGAUAAAAGGUAGAAGAUGAUUAAUCAAAAGUAAAUCAAGAUUAAGAUAGUAAUAAUAGAAGCUAUUCUGAUAAAAGCCCAGUUAAAUUAGAUAUUUGUGAUGACUAUUAAUUUCCUAUUGUAGUUACCGUUUUAGGUACAGAAGAAAGAAAUUCUUCAAAUUAAAUGAAAGAAACUUACACAGUUUAUAUAGCCUAAAUAUAGAUAGGAGAAUCAAUAAAAUAAAAAAUCUUUGUUAGGUAUUCAGAAAUGAUUGAACUCAAGAAAUUUAUAGAAAAAUAUAUUAAGGAAAUAACAGAUUUAGAAAAGCUUCCAAAAGUUUUUAUUUUCCAUCAUAAAACAAAAAUUAUUGAAAAAAGAAAAAUCUUAAUUGAAAAUUUUCUUCAAAAAAUAUUAUCAAGCUAAUGUUUAAAAAACCAUAUUUUCUGUUCCUAUAUUUUAUCUUAAUUAGGGCUUCCUAAUAACUUUUACUAGUUACCUUUAAAUAUUGGUGAAUCCAACUUUGAUUUUUUAAAUGACAUGGAUAAAGAAGAAAAUGCCACUAAAUUAGUUAUCUAAAGUAGAUCAUAAUCAAAUAAUAAUGAAGAUGACUCAUAGAAUGAAGAGGAUUCAUUUAAUUAUGAGAACGGAAAUGAAGAGGAAAAUGACAUGAACCGUAGUAACAAAAAUCAGUAAAGAUAAAUUUCAGUAGGAGCUAGCAGUUUUUAUUAACCAAAGAAUUAUUUAGCUAUGAAAUAAAAGCUUUAAAGUAGUAGUGAUUAGAACCAAAUAGGUUAAUUAAAUGGGUAAGAAGAUGGAGACUCAAAUAACUUAUCUAAGAUGAAUGAAUCUUAAGAUGUUUCUAUGUCUUAAGUAAAGUAAUUUAAUUCUUCAGGAAUAAGACAAGCCCACUCAGUAAAUUCAAGCAGUAUCUAUAUCAAUGAUAGUACUAAUAGUAGUAUAUAAUAUGCAGAUAAGUAAUAAAACACUUCUUUCAGUUAAGUUAAUUCCAGCUAAAUACUAAACAAUUCUCUUUUUUAUGAAGAGAAAGAAAUAGAAAUAUUCACUCUUGAUAAGAAAAGCUACAAAAUAAACAUCAACAGAAGCACAAAAGCUUUAGAUGUAUGCGAAAUCCUGGCAAAAAAGUUAUAAUUAAUCAGCUUUCUUGACUUUAGAUUGUAUAUCGAAGACGAAAAAAAGAAAAUUCGUUUCUUGGAUGAUGAUGAAAUUAUUUUUAAGCUUAUGUUCAAAGAUGAAUUCAAAAAGAAUGAGCUUGAAAUGAAAAUAGAGAAAGAAUCUAGUAAGAAAAAGAUUUUAGAUUUUGGAGAAAGCAUAUUAAAUAAGCUAGGAUUAAAACAUAAUCAUAAAUAUAAAUUGAAAUUUUGUAAAUAUAUGUGGUUAGAAAAAGACUUAGAAGAAUUUGAUUACAAAAGCGAUCCAGUUAGAUUAUAACUUAUGGCUUCUCAGAUAUUGAAUGAUAUAUCACAGAUGAAAUAUGUGUUUAAUGAUAAAGACUACUUUCUUUACAGCUCUUUAUAUUUAUUUAUUAACCACCCAGAAGUUAUAUAAUCAGCUAAAAAAGAUGGUGCAUCAAAAUAAGUAAAAAGUACUAUUUACACUAAAAUUAAAGAAUUUUUACCAAAUGAAAUCAUCAAGUAAAAUAAAGAAAAUGUCUGGGUAGAAAAUCUCCUUAUUUACAUAGAAACCUUUUCAAAUGAAUUAGCAGAAUCAAUAAAGACAAAUAAAUAAAUGAUUAGAGAAUCUAUUAACUUAUAAGAUAAUUAAAAUCAAACACCCUCAGACGAUAUAAAUGCAGCUAUAAAAAGUUUUCAAGCUUCGAGCUAAAAUGAAGAGUAAAAUCAAGAAAUUAGCCCAAGCAACAAACUUGCUUAAAAUAAUUAUUCCUAAAACUAAAAUAGAUAAUCAACAAUUUAAGGUAUAGGGCAUUUGCAAUAAAUAAGCACAUCGAUUAUCACAAAUAAAAAAAAUAUGGCAUGUAUGGUUUUAUUAGAUACCUUUAAAAAAACUCCAUUAUAUGGUGCUACACUAUUUUAGUGUGAAACAUACAGCAAAACUAUUAAAGAAUCAAAAAAAUAAAUACCAUAAAAUGUUUUCAUUUGUGUUAAAUGUGACUCUAUUCAAAUACUGGAUUCUUAAAAGUAAAAGAAGAAAUAAUUUAGUUUUCAAGAUAUUAAAGGAACUAGAGUUUUUCCUUCAUCAAUUACAUUCAUUCUCCGUAAUGAAUCUAUUGCUUACAGAUUCGAUACUAAUUAAAGUUUUGAAAUUAGCUAAUUAAUAACAGCUUAUCAAAGUAUAUUAGUUGAUAUUGAAAAAAAUGCUAUGACUUUAGAUGAAGAAUCAAACAAAUUUAAAAUUUAAAAUUAAAUCUGA